UUAGCAAGUUAAUUAUAUUUGUACUUCUUGUUGACGAAACGUGUGCUUAUGUUGGGGUUUUUGAGCUUGCGCCCAAUAGACUCCCGUUCACUCCUUCAAGGAGAGUUGUCCCAGGAUCGCCCAGAAUGCACCGUGCGGCCCAUUGACGUAAAAUAGACAACGUUUUCUAUCUCCUCAAAAGUAUAUCUGCCGUUGCGAACGUCAACCUCAAUCUGCAGGUUGAACAUGGUGAGAUUGUAUACGUCUAAAUGAAUAGUGCAGUUUGUUUAGGACAGUUUAAAUCUAACGAGCUACGUUACAUGCUGAUAUUGUCGUUGGUAUUAAUGUGUGUAGCUACGUCUGCUAGCCAGCCAGCCCAUUGCAUUGUGGAUGUUGUAGUCGACUUGACCUGUAACAGAUUUCCACAAUGAUUUUCCAUGUUGAUACCAACCUUUAUUCUAACUCCUAAAUGAAACAUUUGUUCACAAAAAAAAAUAUUGUUCUCACAUAUUAUUGUUAUUGAACACUGUAAAUUAAAGGGAUUUAGUGGUUUUGGGUGGAUUUUUAAUUGAAUGGUUGUGUUAACAUUGACUAUAUGGAAUACGGUUUCGUGAUAUUAGAAGGGUAUAGAAUGUUAAGGUCACACAGGGCCUAGAUCUCAUUAAUUCACCAGUGAUAUGUUUGCUAUUCAAAUGAAUGACAGAGAGUUGACAUGACAGCGCUAACAGAAAGGCGCUCAGUCUAGCUAGACUGAGUAUUUGUUACAAAACAAAAUAACUUUGGGUUGUGUAAGUUUAUUUCUCUACGACCCACAGAGGGCGUUGCUGUGGCUUCAUCGCAUUCACGUCUUGUCAUGGCUGCCGUAGCACUGGUACAGGGUGCGAGUAGGGGUCUGGGACUCGAAUUUUGCAGAAAUAUCUUAAUAAACAAAGCCCCAGGAGCAUUGAUCGCGACAUGCAGAAAUCCGGACAAUGCCGCAGAGUUGAUGAGCUUAGUUGCGCAACAUCCGGGGAAAAUGACAGUUCUGAAAUUGGACGUAAACAGAGAAGAUGACAUCCAACGCGCGGCUGAACAUGUUAAAAAGGUAUUCGGCAAAGUUGACCUGAUGAUCAACUCCUCAGCGAUGCUUCAUCCCUCUGGCAAAGGUGAGACCAGCCUGAAGGAUGUUUCUGCACAGGGAAUAAUCUCAACGUUGACAACAAACACUGUGGGACCAUUGGUGAUGGCCAAGUACUUCGCUCCGCUAUUGCAGAAGGGUAGUGGUGCAUUUGGCCAGCAGCCGCCAGAGAAAGCCAAACAACAUAGCGGGAUCAUUGUCAACAUCACGGCAAAAGUCGGAUCCAUUGGUGAUAAUGGUCUUGGCGGGUGGUACAGCUAUAGGAUGUCCAAAGCAGCACUCAACAUGGCCACGCGUAACCUGUCCAUUGAACUGGGGAGGAGCAGGCCCAGAGUGGUGUGCGUGUCCAUGCAUCCCGGCACAGUGAAUACGGAUUUGUCUCGUCCCUAUCACAAGAAUGUGCCCAAGGACAAGCUCUUCAGCACGGGCCACUCCGUGCACUGCCUCAUGAGCAUUAUAGAUAGCCUGAAUAUUGACAAAACAGGGAAAGCCUACAACUGGAAUGGUUCAGAACUGCCCUGGUGAAAAAUAACAACACUACACAUAUUCCUCGACAAAGCUUACCAACCUCAGUCAACACAGGUUUAUCUUAUAUUCUGACCGACUGUACCAACUGUUAAAUAAAGGUUAAUUGUAAAAAUCAAAAUAAUAAACUGUACCCAAAAUAAUGA